AUGUUUACUGGUCUUGUGGAGCUCAUAGGAACUGUAGUGGAGUAUAAGGAACAAGAUGCUACGGAAAUGAAUGCGAAAGGCGUAGUAGUAACAAUUAAGGAUGCUGCGCCAAUUCUUUCGGACUGUCACAUCGGUGAUUCUAUUGCAUGCAAUGGUAUUUGUUUGUCAGUAAUCCAAUUUGAUAGUGAUAGUAUAAAGGUUGGCGUAUCUCCAGAAACAAUUAAAAGGACGGAAAUUAGUUUCUGGAAACCUGGUAUGAAGGUUAAUUUAGAACGUGCGGUUUCUCAUGAUGUUAGGUUCGGUGGUCACUAUGUUCAAGGUCAUGUUGAUACAGUAGCUGAGCUUGUCUCCAAGACCCCAGAAGAUGAUUCUAUUGUGUUUGGGUUCAAGCUUAGGGACAUUGAAUACGCGAAGUAUAUUGUGGAGAAAGGAUAUGUCGCUGUAGAUGGAACUUCAUUAACUGUAACCAAAGUCGAAAAUGACACUUUUUACAUUUCAAUGAUUGCACACACUCAAAAUCAUGUUGCAAUUCCGUUGAAGAGCGUAGGCGAUCUUGUUAAUAUUGAAGUAGACAUAACUGGGAAAGUUAUUGAGAAACAGGUCUUACAACAUUUGGAAACUCAGUUAGGGAACCAAGGAUCUGCUCUACACAACGUUAUUGCCAAAAUAGUCGAUGCGAAGGUGAAAGAGUAUUUGAAAUGA